GAGCAGGAAGAAUCAAGAACCGAGAGAGCGAACGAAAGGGAACGUGAGAUAGAAGUGGGAGAGGCUUUUGAAGAGGGCGCGGAGCUGAGCCGUAGGGUGAGAAACUGAGACAGCCACCGCGGCAGAUUGAGAAGUGCGGACAGAGCACUCCCCGGACGGAGUCACUAUGCUGUCCGAUGAAAUAGCGGCUGGAGCGGAGACGGGAACUGACUCGUUGAAACUGUACUGCGUUGUUAUGAUGGAUCAUUGCAUCCUAACCAAUGCCAUGCUUGUAUGAAGGACAAAGGGCAAAAGGGGAAAGUGUUUGUUUGCGGGAUAUACAAUGGAUACGGAUAUCAUCACUUUUACUAAGUGCCCUGGAUCCAAAUGUCACCUCCCCGGGACCCUGCCCCAGCCGGGGCCCAUCCGAGUGUGACCGCAGGCCCGGAGGACCGGGGCGCGCUCCCGCCGCACUGCACCCCUCGAAAUUGGCCUCUGAGCGGGCCCGGCCAUAAUGUGAUGCACCCCGCCGCCAGCAGGGCCUGAUACCCGAGCAGCGCGAGGCGAGCAAGCGUGGAUGGAGCCAGCCGGCGGGGCCAUCGCCCUCUAAUGAGCGCCGCCGCUCCCCGAGCUGAGGACCAGCCAUUAUAGCAGGAUUAUAGCCCUAGUCUUCCUGCGCUAACCCCUUGAACUGCGCCACAUUAGCAUAAGCUAACAGAGGACUGCUUCUUCUGUGGAAUACGCCGUUGCAUUUCACUAUCCCUCUUUUUUUUCCUUUUUCCCCCCCCUUGUUUUUUUUUUUCUUUUUUUUUUUGUACUGCGGUUUUCUUCGUCGUUUCUUCGGUGUUUGCCUGCCUUGGCGUGUGGGGGGCGCAAUUCUUUUUGUCGCUGUCAUUAUGGAGUUUCAGGUGGGACCGUGGAAUAAGGAUUGGCCUUCGUUUCUUAGCUUUUGGCUGACCGUGCUGUUGAGCCUGCACGUGCAGUUCCACCCGGUGGCCUCGUGUCCGACGGAGUGCCGCUGUGACAAAACGUUUGUUUACUGCAACGAGAGGAGCCUGACCUCCGUGCCCUUGGGCGUGCAGGAGGGCUGCAAGACCCUCUACCUGCACAACAACCAGAUCAACAACGCCGGCUUCCCGCUGGAGCUGCACAACGUGGCCUCGGUGGAGACGGUGGUCCUGUACGGCAACCAGCUGGACGAGUUCCCCGUCAACCUGCCGCGGAACAUGCUCAUGCUCCACCUGCAGGAGAACAACAUCCAGACCAUCUCGCGGGCGGCCCUGGCCCAGUUGCCCUUCCUGGAGGAGCUGCACCUGGACGACAACUCCAUCUCCACCGUGGGCGUGGAGGAGGGGGCCUUCCGCGAGGCGCUGGGCCUCAAGAUGCUCUUCCUCACCAAGAACCACCUGAGCAGCGUGCCCAUCGGCCUGCCCGCCGAGCUCAAGGAGCUGCGCCUGGACGAGAACCGCAUCGCCGACAUCCCCGAGGAGGCCUUCCAGAACGUCACCACCCUCCAGCGGCUGCUGCUCGACGGCAACCUGCUGACCGACGAGGGCAUCGCCGUGGGCACCUUCCAGGAGCUGGUGAACCUCCGCGAGCUGUCGCUGGCGCGCAACUCGUUCACCACGCCGCCGCCCAUGCUCCCGGGCGUCUCGCUGGUCAAGCUCAACCUGCAGGAGAACCAGAUGACCAGCAUCCCGGUGACGGCCUUCGCCGGGCUGCACCGGCUCGAGCGGCUGGACAUCUCCAACAACCAGCUGCAGUCGCUGCCCCAGGGGGUGUUCGACAGCCUGGUCAGCCUGCGGCAGCUCAGCGUGCGGGGCAACCUCUGGCACUGCGACUGCUCCAUCAGGUGGGUGAUCGCGUGGCUCAAGUCCCUGCCGUCCACCAUCAACGUGCGCGGCUUCACGUGCCAGAGCCCGGAGAGGGUGCGCGGCAUGGUGAUCCGAGAGCUCACGCUGGAUGCCAUCCAGUGCCCAGCUGGCACGGAGCUCGAGCCUUGGCCAACUCAACCGCCGCCACCGUCCCCCUCCCAGCCGCGGAGAACCACCACCAGCCGUCCAGCCCUCCAGACCACGACCUCCAUCUCCCCCACCUCCACCAUGUUCUACCCCCCAACACCCAACGCGACGCCCCCAGCGCCGGGCGUACCAGGCCUGCCCUCUGGCCCUCGUCCUCCGUACGAGGACUCCCUGCAGAUCUCCUUCCACAUCGUCAACUCCUCCUGCAUCGAGGUGAGCUGGGCCUCCUACUUCACGGUCACGGCCUACAAGGUGACGUGGGUGAAGAUGGGCCAGGCGCUGAUGAGCGACGUCACCCGGGAGACCACGGUGCCCGGCGACCGCCGCAAGCUGACGCUCGUCGGCCUGGAGCCGCGCUCCACCUACCGCGUCUGCGUCUACGUGCUGGACACCCUCAACGACUACCGGCCGGGCGAGGACACCAUCUGCUCGGAGGCCAAGACCAAGUCCUUCAGCAAGGCGACGGGGACGGAGCCGGCCGCGCAGCAGGACUCCAGCUCCACGCUGCUGCUGGCCGGCGUCAUCGGCGGAGCCGUGCUGCUCGUGCUGGUGACGCUGCUGAGCCUCUUCUGCUGGCACAUGCACAAGAAGAGCCGGACGGCGUCGUCCAAGUGGAAAUACAACCGCGGCCGGAGAAAAGACGACUACUGCGAGGCGGGGACCAAAAAGGAUAACUCCAUCCUGGAGAUGACUGAAACCAGCUUUCAGAUAGUGUCCUUGAACAAUGAACAGCUUUUAAAGGGAGACUUCCGGAUCCAGCCCAUCUACACGCCUAAUGGGGGCAUCGGCUUCCGAGAUUGUCACCUCAGUAACAACAGCAUAGCAUACUGCAAGAGCAGCAACGUUCCCAGCAUGGAAUUCUGCCACACGUGAUGAUUAUCAGUGGGAUGCUACAAACUGUUUGUUUAAAAAAAAAAAUGUGUAGUAAAAUAUACUGUACAAUAUAUAUUUCCAAGUUCAGUCUACAAUGUAAUUUAUACUGUGGACAAUUAUGUGGAAUUCUGCUAUCUUUUUUAUUCUUAGUAAAAAUUAAACUACAAAUGAUUUUCUAACUAGAGGGGAUGGACAUGGUUUUGGCUCUCACGGACAGUACAGAUGAAUUGUACAAUCAUGGUGUGCUGGCUUCUCCAUUCAAGAAAUCCUGUCGGGCUGGUCUCUCCCUAGGCGCUAGGGGAGCUGGGAUACUUUGCUAACCACAGAAGCAAAAAUAUGCCCUCUGUGCUAAAACACAGCCACCCCUUCACAGAACGGUAGUUAAGAUAACACGGUGGUUGCGAAACACAAACAACCCUGAUUAGCCUAACGUGGAAAAUAAGACCUGGUGUUAUUUUUUUUUCCCUCUUCUCCUUAAAAGAAUUGAAAAGUGCACUUUCCUAAAGCGUCGGACAAGAGUGUGUCUGUGCGUGUGCUUGUCUGUGUGUGUGUGUGUGUGUGUGUGUGUGUGUGUGUGUGUGUGUGUGUGUCUGUAUGUAUGGGCGCGCGCGUGUGUGUGUGCGUGCGCACAUGGUUGUUCAGGAAAUGAGCUUUUGUUGAAGUUACACCAGGGAAAGUGUGUGAGGGGGCACACUUUUCCAGCAGCCCACGAGUCUCAGAGGGACCGAGCAAACAAUGCUGAAUGCGGUAGGGAAAAUGCCAGAGGUGUUUGUUCCCUCGGCCGGGUGUUUAUUCAGCCAUGUGUUUUCUUAUGUGUUUGAACAUCUACCACCAGGGGGCAGCACGCCUCAGCCCAUACAGAGGACAGCCAAGGAGGCAGAUAGUUAGUCUCAAAUCCCUUCUUCUUCUCCUGAUGCAAGGGAACCUGCUACUCUCUGCCAUGCUCUUUCAUACUCACGUUCAUACUCGUCGCACGUUACUACUCCUCGUCAAGAGUAUUUCUAAGAGUAUGACACACUCCUUUAGAGGUCAUUUAAGAUGUGAAAUCAUUUAAAACUAGUAGUGCACUACACGUGUUGGUUCAUUCAACCAAUCGAUUUCUGCUACUAUAUCUACAAGGCUGGUGCGGUUGCCCGUAAAACAUCAAACAUCUGUCAGAAGGACCAGACAUACCUCCAUUUUAUGGAUUUCCCUGCUUUUAUGCUUCACUCAUCAUAAUUAUUUUUAGAGCAUUAAGUAAUUAGGUCAUUGCUUUGUGGAGAGUUAAUGAAGUUUUGAAGAGGUACGCUGUGAAGCACGCGCCAUCUUUGAGUUCGUCUACGUUUCAUGGUUAUUAAGACAGCUUUUUAAAAGAUGCCAUCAGGUCAGAUUGACAGUGAAAUGGAAACUGACUACAAAUGUUGAUUUACAAUAGAGGCCCCUGGCAAAGGUUCGCAGCUCCCUCGUCUAAAAGUGUUAUAGACCCCCGCAUGAGGGCAAUUAAAACAGAGGCUGUUCAUAGUUACAGGCGCACACUGACAAAGAAAAACCUUUAUUAUACGCGCUUGCUCACGGAUUUGAUUUGCUUUGACAAGACUUUUUUUUCCUCGUAGGACCUAGUUCAAAGACCUGCCCCUCACCCUCCACCCCUUUCACCACUGAGCACAAACACACACAGACACACACACACACACACACACACUCACUUUCUUUCACAUACCCACACAGUCAUGCACAGGCUACAAUUCCCAGCCCCCUUCCUGCUCUUCAUAAUCCUUCAUCCAAAAAAGGGAGAAAAAUAUGCAGACGUUAUUUUCACUUGGCAGGAUGAAUCACAAGCCGAGAGAAAGUAAGACCAAUCGACAAAGUUAACCCUUUCUGCGACUGUGAAGGCAUGCCCCUUUUACACAUUAGACCGAGGAAAGUGCAAGCCUUGUCUGACAGCUCAGAUUUCUGUGAUAGCAAUAUUCAUGUGCAUUGUUAUGCUUUAAUCAAACUCACUUGACUUGUCAAAGUAAAAGGCCUUGUGUCAGACUUCCCACCAAAAGCUAGACUAUAGUCCACUAUUAGCUGUAGGCCAGUGGUGAUGCACCUGGAAUGUUGCUGUAUAAUCUUCACUGAUGUUCAGGAAUUUCAAAUAAUUAUCGCUAUCUAUUUUUAAUUGCAAAGUUCAUGCCAGGCAAAAGAAAAGGGCCAAAUGCACUUCUGUGGUCAUCAAAGUGUUUCCAUUUUGUUUUGUUAUCUCUCCCUGACAUACAGUAUAUAUGGCGAGCUAUUUUAGAGGAGCUCAGCCCAGACUAGCUGUUCAUCUGCCUGGACUGUCUGAAAAGGCUUUUAACUGAUAUGUACUUCAUUAACUAUUCAUCGGCCUGCCUCAUACGCUCUGACAAAAAUACUUUGGCAGAGUGUGAAAUCCUCUGCUGCUGUUUCUGCUCAGAAAGGGGACACGGAUUCAAAUAAAAAUCCUCACGUUAUUCAUCUGUAAUGGACACCAUUCUUUUAUGCGUCGUAUUUUCAGACGUAUUGGGACUGCUAAGCUGAUGUUUAGCAGAAAGGGGUGGAAAUUGGUUGUGCACACAAAUAUUGUUUUUUGUUCCUUUCUUGGUCCAGUUGCAAACAGGGGUGAAUAAUGGAUAUUUUUUGGGGGGGGUGAAAGAAUGUUUUCCUUGUAAAAGGUGAGCAAGGGUGUUCAUUGCCUUACCUUUUCUACAAAGCAGUAUUUAUAACUGUGGUUAUAUCAAGGACUCUACAUAGUAUUAAGAGGCUUGAAUGUUGUAGGUUAAGGGUCAUCAGUGGUGGAAUUAUAGUGUAGAAAGCACACCUACUGUAAUACGUGGCAAUUAUAGACAACAACUGCAGCAACAACAAAGGUUGUGAUUACCACCAUGUCUGUAUCUUUCUACAAAAUGAGUAUUCACGGUAAUAAGAAGGUAUGACUCAUAGUAUUUUCGAUGGUUCCUUUGCAUACUUGGCAUACAUUACAUUAUCCCAUCUUUUUUAUUUUUUUCCUUCAUCAAAUGAAAGUCCUUGAAUGGCAAACUGGCUCACUUGGUCUUGUGUAAUUUUCCCGCAGAAACAAACGGCUACGGUUGGCUUGCUGCUGUAUCAGGACUCAGAGUAAUUCUCCCUAAAGCACAUUGAUUCAGAUUGGAAUAAUUACGCUAAAUGACUUGGGGGUCAAUUGACGCAAAGUGCUAAAAUGGUUGGAGCUGCGAGGGCUUAAGAUGGGUUACACUCUCCUCCGUAAUUUUUAAGUGGUAAAAAGAAGCCUUCCUGUGAAAAUAAAUGUCUGUAAUGUCUAAAAUUGACCGCUGUUAAUCUUAUUAUCCCACCUAUUGACCUCUUCUGCAAAUGAAACAUCUAGGACGAUAUUGGGGUUCUUUUUUGCUCGAUUUUUAUUUAUCUUUGGUGUCAUUGUUGUUCUUUUUGCUUUUUUUUACCCAUCUUUCAUGCAGUUCUUGUGUUGAUGACUAGUGACACAAUUCUAAUGAGAGUGAAAAGCUUCAGUACAGUCGAGAACUUUCAAAUGGGGAGAGAAAAAGUAAUAUUUCAAACCAAGCUGUCUUCUCCAACACUCUUGACUGAUUGUAUGAAAUCAGAGGGAGCGGUGGAGUGUAGAUAUCAGAUUGAAUAUGUGUGAGUCUUUGGCACUGCUUUCACUGUGGCUUUUCACUCUUGGAAUGGUUUUAAUAGUAUGAUUCAGUCGCUGACAUAAACAGUAACCAAAGUUACCUUUUUUUGUUUCCAUGACAAAAAAUGUUGUUGUUGUCCAAUGUAUGUGCCUUGAAAUUAACUUACAAUGUAAAGUCCUUGAAACCUUUAAAUGUUUUUGCACAAAAUGUAAAUACAGAAAUGAAACUUUUUGAAAAUAAAAGAGCCAUGGGAUUUGAUCAUUUAUUCCUAAAAACA